AUGCUCCGUCCAGCGGGUUACUUCAGGAGCUUCUGCUGCCCCUUCGACGCACGCGGUUGUCGGCGGCCUCACUGUCAGUACAGGCACGGGGCGGGGCGCCGCCUGGAGCCGCCCCCUGCCCCGCAGCAGCCGUUGAGAGGCUCUCCCGUGCUGGGACUUGGUAACAGUAUCCAAGAACUAGAAAGGAUCAACAGAGAAAUACAGUCAGUUAAGACUGAAGUUGAAGAACAACAAAAGAAGCUCUAUUACAGUUUGGUACAAGACAAUCUGAAAAAUGAUUUGAAUCUUGCAACAAAUGGCAUAAGAAGAAAUAUAUCAAUUUCCCCUGGAAAGGGUAUAUGUAAUACUCCUGUAAGAGACAAAGAUGAUGUCAUUUCAAUCUCAAAGGAGACUAGCAAAUCCAGUAAAUAUAUUAUUGAUCGGACUUGUCCAGCUACUGAUCUUGAAUAUGAUCCUUUACUUAAUUACUCUGCAGGACUUAGGUCUUCCUUGAAGGAAGAAGAGGAAAAUGAUGCACAGUACUCUAAGCAUGUGAAAAUGUUUCCUUCUGGAAAAUUGCAAGGGCCUACCAAAAAGUCACCAUGUGGAAACAGGCAUUUACCUCCAAGAAAGAGGCUGAGAAGUGCUUCCCCAAUAAAACGUGAAAUAAAAUUCCCAGAAUCAGAUGAUGAUAUGCUUCUAAGAGAUGCCCUGACAGAGAAUGCAUUAAAGAAGCCAAGAAUAUUUAAAGAACAGAAUAGGCAAGAAAAUGAGAGUUUUGGAACUGAUGUAGUAACUGUACAAGAUUCUGGAACAUCAGAAAUUUUAAACAGAGAAGGGAAAAGGCCAGAAGAUAUCUUUGUUGAUCUAGGCAAUAUUAGCCAAAGUGAUGGGAAUAAAAAUGAAUUAAAACCUUCAGAUGAAGAUUCUUAUUUACGAGACAUAGAAGUGAGGGCUUUGAAUGUAGGAAGCACACUUGAUGAUCAAACAAAAUCUUACCAUCUUACUAAAGAAAGUAACAGAUGUCAGAUGAAGUUUAAGACAAAAGAAGCCUUGAAAGAGGAUUCAGUUAAUGUCUCUGUUAAAAUGUACAAUGUGUCACAGCAAGUUAAUAACAAAAAGGCAUUGCUGAAAGACACAACUAAAACUAGUAUAGAUUACAAAGGCAGUUCAGAAGAUGGAGUUGUACUAUUACAAAAAACUUGUAAAAAGGUACCAGAGCAUUUAGAGGAAUGGAGCAUGCCGUUCCACAAAAAACCCAAAGUCUGUAAUGCACAAAGUUUUCCUUCCCCAGCUUUGGGUGAUCACAUCUCUCCCGAUAGAGCUUCCAUCCUUCAAAACUCUGGUGAAAACGGGGGGGACAAAAAUAUGCACAUAGAUACUGAAGAGAAUGAAAUAAUUGUAUUGGACUCUACUGACAAAGAUGGCUCUGAAGAAGGUAAUGAACUUUCUGAAUCAGAAGAUACCAUGGAAGAGUGUCAGAGAAUUUUCAAUGAAUUUGCUGAACAUGAAGCAAAGAAGGAAAAAAUGCCAAAGCAGGCACUUGUUGCCCAGGCAGAAGUGGGUUCAGACUUGCGGAGCAGUAUGCUUCCUGGGCAGAAGAAAAGAAUUGCACACACUGCAAAAUUUGAUGUCAAUACCACCAAAGAAAUAACUGUCCCCUUUAGGGCACCACUUCCACAGCAGACGGGGAAUUCCAGAAUAAUGCAAGCACGGCAACAGGCAGUGCAAGUAUCAACUGCUAUUAAAAGUGGUCAAGCUUUUGUUGCUGCAACAUGUGGCCAUAAGAAGAAUGCAUCUGUAAUACCAGCUGCUCACAUGGUUUGUUUGAAUGUGUUUGAAGUUCAGCCUGUGGCAACAAGCAGCAGUCAAGUGAAUGUACUGCUUCCUGAAAAUGCAUUAACAGCAGUGCCAUGCAGGCUUUCCAAUAACCCUGCUAAAAGAACUACUCCUAUGCCCAUUAAGGCACUGUUGGAAGAAAAAGCAAUAUAUGAUCGUUGUGGUGGAAAAAAUAUGUACUUGAAUAUAGCCGUGAACACAGUUAAAAAACUGAGGAAUCAUGGCAGUGUGUCAACAGCUGAUCAAACGUCUGGCAGUAAGAGUACUACUAAAACUGGAUUUAGAAAACAAGAGGAAAAAAAGGAUUUUACAGGAAUUGCUCUUUAUAGAGUUCUAAAAGACUAUGCUUUGACCGAGGAACAAUUGAUAGAACAUGGCUUUCCCCAACCAAAUCCUGAGAAACCUGGCAGUGCUGUUUUAUGCAGUGGCACCAUAAAACCAGCUGUAUCUGAUUUUUCCAAAAGGGUCUGUUGUAGAUGUGGAGAAAUAUAUGCUGUAACAUCAUCAGGAAGGCAUGCUCGGAAAGAAGAAUGCAACUACCAUUCUGGUAAAGUAUUACAACAUAAAGUUCCUGGUGGUUUGGAGACAUGGUACAGCUGCUGUGAAGGAGUGGUAGGCUCUCCUGGGUGCCAAGUUGCAAGGUUACAUGUUCAUGAUGGCAGAAAUGAAAACAUUGAUGGCUUUGUGAAGACUUUUAUCAAGCCACCACCACUAGAUGGAAAUCAUGGUGUAUUUGCAUUAGAUUGUGAAAUGUGUUACACAACACAUGGCCUAGAACUCUCCAGAGUGGCGGUAGUUGAUCCUUCACUUCAUGUGGUCUAUGAUGCAUUUGUUAAGCCAGAUAAUGAAAUCAUAGAUUAUAAUACUAGGUUUUCUGGUGUGACUGCCGAGGACAUGAAGGAUACUGUAGCAUCCAUUCGGGAUGUGCAGGCAGUAUUGCUGAACCUGUUCAGUGCAGACACUUUUUUAAUUGGACACAGUUUACCAAAUGACUUAUUUGCUCUUAAGAUGUUUCAUAGUAAGAUUGUGGAUAUAUCGGUGGUUUUUCCUCAUCGGUUGGGUUUGCCUCAUAGAAGAGCACUUAGAACUCUAAUGGCUGAUUAUCUUCAACAAAUUAUUCAAGUUGGUGGUCAUGAUUGUAGUGAAGAUGCAACUGCUUGUAUGGAACUUAUGCUGUGGAAAGUAAAAGAUGCUAAAGGCAGAAGAUAGUGAGAUUUCUCAACAACGGCUUCUCUUCAUUGGCUAGGGUAACUGCUAGUGUUAAAAAAUAUCUUAAGAACAUUUUUCUAUCCCUGAAAUUAUAUUAAUUUAAAAGAGUACUGUACUAUGUAUAUAUUUUGAUUUGGUUGUAUGGGAAAAAUUAGGUAUACAGGAUUGUGAUAUUUUUGUUCAAUUUAAUGUUAGAGUUGAUGCUUGCUGUUGAGCUAUUCAGAAUUCUUAGUGGAGACAAUGAGCAUUAACUAAUGUUGACAGUUUGGAAGGAAUAGUGUAUUUUUCUUUCUUUCACUCUGCUUUGCCUUGCUAUUCAUCUGAUAUGGUUUGCAGAAGUAAAAGCUUA